AAACAGCUUACCGUAUUUCCACAAGCAGAUGUCUGAAUAACCUGCUGUGUAAAAAAAGGCAAAAAAGGGAACCUAAUGGAAAGAAUUGAGAUGGUUUGCCAACUGGACGGAGAAAGGGAGAAAGCCUGAAGAAGUGAGACAGCGAAAAGGGCAAGACAAACAGGAAGCAGAGGAGGGGGGGAGUGAAGGACUGACUGUGCAAGUCAAAGAAUUUUCUUCGAAGGAUUUUUGAGCAAAGAGCUGCUUCUGCUGCUUUCCAUCUGCUGCCUUUUAUGGUAAAAGUGUCGAGGGAGAUUUGGUGUAGUAGUGAAGCCCGAGCCGGACGAGGGCUCAGUCAGACGGGCUCACAACAGGACAGCAGUUGGGAGACGGUGUGUGUGUCUGCGGGACACUGGGGACCCCUGAGGCGGCACUCAGCAUCACUGCUCUCAUGGGAUAAAUACACACAGCUCAGGGGGCUGCGCAGAAGUAAAGAUGACGGAGCGCUAUGACUGCCACUACUGUAAGGAGUCUCUGUUUGGAAAGAAGUAUGUCCUGCGUGAGGAAAACCCAUACUGUGUGAAGUGCUAUGAGAGCUUGUACUCCAAUACCUGCGAGGAAUGCAAGAAACCCAUCGGCUGCAACAGCAGGGAUUUGUCCUACAAGGACCGUCACUGGCACGAGGAUUGUUUCCACUGCUUCCAGUGCAAACGCUCACUGGUGGACAAGCCUUUCUCCACCAAAGACGAGCAGCUGCUGUGUACCGAGUGCUACUCUAACGAAUACUCCUCCAAAUGCCACGAAUGCAAGAAGACCAUCAUGCCAGGCUCCAGGAAGAUGGAGCAUAAAGGAAACAGCUGGCAUGAGACCUGCUUUACCUGCCAGCGCUGCCAGCAGCCAAUUGGCACCAAGAGCUUCAUCCCCAAAGACAACCAUAACUACUGCGUGCCCUGCUACGAAAAGCAGUUUGCCAUGCAGUGUGUUCACUGCAAGAAGCCCAUCACCACUGGCGGUGUGACGUACCAUGACCAGCCGUGGCAUAAGGACUGUUUUCUGUGCACCGGCUGUAAGCAGCAGUUGUCUGGCCAGCGAUUCACCUCUCGAGAUGACUUUGCCUACUGCCUCAAUUGCUUCUGCAACUUGUAUGCCAAGAAAUGUGCCUCCUGCACCACCCCCAUCAGUGGACUCGGAGGAAGCAAGUAUAUCUCCUUUGAGGAGCGCCAAUGGCACAACGACUGUUUCAACUGCAAGAAGUGCUCGGUGUCUCUGGUGGGCAGAGGUUUUCUCACUGACAGAGAUGAUAUCCUGUGCCCUGAGUGUGGCAAAGACAUCUAAAAGCAGGCAUUGAAAAAUUCAAGUGUGCACGUCACUUAAUAUGUUAAACCAAAGCAAUGGCAAAGCAUGAAACAGUGUGAGCAAUAAAUGCAUUUAAGGUACCCCAUGGAAAGAAAUUGUCAUGGAAAAGAUUAUAAUGUUGUAUGUAUAGCGAGCUAUGAGCUUUUAAAGAAGGAACACUCCACUUUUUUUUGGUGGAAAUUAGCUAAUUUUAUGACUCUACUAGAGUUAACAGUUGAGAUUUACCAUUUUUAUAUCCUUUCAGCCUCUCUCUAGGACUUUUAGCUUAGCAUAAAUCAUUGAACUGGAUUAAACCAUUAGCAUCUCACUUAAAAAAAGGAAAUGUUUGGAAAUAAAUAGAUAAAUGUUUGUGUGAGAUGCUAGGACUACUUGUCUGAUCCAAUUCAUAAGCUAAACAGCUACGCUAAAAGCAAAGCUAAGUUUUAUCAUUCGAAAAUGGUCAUUUUCAAUUCGAGGGGAGUUAAAAAAUAAGCCUUUUUAAACAAAAGUGGAAUGUUCCUUUAACUCAAAGGAAAGAAUUGAUAAUAAAGAUUAUAUUGUGAAUGAAAAUAAUAAGCAUUAUUAUGUCUUUCAAAUGUCUGACUGGCUGUCUUUUUGUUGCAUAAUCCAUGUCUUAACUUACAAAGAGUAUUUUGGACUUUCUGUGCUUCUAACAGCUAUAUAUUAACUCCAAAUACUGAAAUAAAAACUUAAUAAAGCUUAUUAAAACAAACUGA